CGUCUCUGAAUAAGGGCAUAUAUAUAUAAUUCCCGAUGCGGUUGGCUCAUAACAUUAUCCCAAUGGCUUCAUACAGUACAAUCUCUAUGAUUUUCUUGUCAUUCGCGCUUUUUGUCUUUCCGACAUUUGAGCGUGCUUCAUGUGCUGCUGCUUUCACAAAUGCCACUUGCAUCGAGAGGGAGAGGGAAGCUCUUCUCGAAUUUAAGCGAGGCCUCGUCGACAACUCCAAUCUCCUGUCAUCGUGGGUUGGAGAUGACUGCUGUUCGUGGAAGGGAGUCAGAUGCAGCAAACGGACGGGCCGCGUCCAGAAGCUCGACCUUCGAAGUCCAUGUGUUGUGUCCACCUACUUUAUUAAUGCACCGCUCGGCGCAUUUUUGAAGCCCGGGAACUGCACUUUGACAGGUCACAUACAUCCUUCUCUAAUCGAGCUGCAGCAUUUGAAUUACCUCGACCUGAGCUGGAACAACUUUUCACGCACAAAAAUUCCAGAGUUCCUAGGCACACUCUCUAAUUUGGUAUAUCUUAACCUCUCCAAUUCAUUCUUCGCUGGGGACAUUCCCCUUCACCUCGGGAACCUCUCCAAUCUGCAGUAUCUUGAUCUCACCAACUUUCGAGACAUAUAUGAUUUUUUUCUACAUCCCAGUGGUUUUUCAACAGUCAAUAACCUUGAAUGGUUAUCAGGUCUUCCUUCCUUGAAACACCUCGACUAGUCUGGCAUCUUCUUUUGGAAUGCCCA